CACACACACUACACACACACAGAGAGAGAGAGAGAGAGGGAGAGGUUUUCUUUCUGAUCGAUCGUUUGUGCUCCGUGUCGUCUCUGGAGAGAGUUGGAAGGAAGAAGAAGCGCACGGCGCGCUGAGGGUCCGCUGAGGGUCCGCUGAGGAGAGGCAGUGAUUAAUAACACAAACCCAGCAGAGGAUUUAAAGAAGCACAUCAACUUUAAACAAUUUUCCUUUCUCUACCUUUUGAAACACUGUAAAGCCUUUUGUGUGGGUGUUAAAACUUUGGUCAUCGCAGUGCGCUCUGGUGUCUGCAGCAGAGGGGGUGGUGAGUGUGGAGCUAAAAGUGCGGUCAGUGUGGAGCUGAGUGGGUGGUCAGGGGGGGAUAUUAGUGUGCGCUGCUGUUUUCCUCAUCUUAGUGCGUUCACACAUGCACAGUGAUGGACGCUGGGUCUGGUUUGGUUUAUCUGACGGCUACUGUGGUCAUGUUUGCUUCUCCGGUCACUCUUGCACCGAUGCCUGACCAGUACUCCCGGGGUGUGGAUUGGCUAAGCAGGUAUGGGUACCUCUCUCCACCUGACCCACAUGCGGGAAAACUGCAGACCAAAGAAGGAAUCGAGAAAGCCAUCAGGCAGAUGCAGAGAUUCGCAGGAAUAAGGGAAACAGGGAAACUCGACGCGGACACGCUGAAACUGAUGUCAACACCAAGAUGCUCACUGCCGGACAUCAUAGGCACGGAGGACAUGCUGAGAAAGAGGAAGAAGCGAUACGCUCUCUCUGGGCUCCGCUGGGGCAAAAGUAGCCUGACAUGGAGUGUCCUGAAUUACCCCAAGCUACACUCCACCCUCGAGCCCAGUCUGGUGAAUAAACUAAUGUACCAAGCCCUUAAAGUCUGGAGCGACAACACCAACCUCCAGUUCAAUCAAGUUGGCCAGGCCAAUCAGGCUGACAUUAAAAUCAGUUUCGCCCCCUCUAUCCAUGACGACGGCUACCCGUUUGACGGUAAGGGAGGCACGCUAGCUCACGCCUUCUUCCCCGGGGAGGCCGACAUUUCUGGGGACACCCAUUUCGACGAUGACGAGACUUGGACCUACGGAGACAACGAAGGCAGUGCAGGCACGGACCUGUUCACUGUGGCAGUGCAUGAGUUCGGCCACGCCCUGGGCCUCUCCCACUCCUCCUCGCAUCCCUCCAUCAUGCAGCCAUACUACAGUGGCUCUGUAGGAGAUGAGCGAACCUAUAAGCUUCCCAUGGAUGACCUUCUAGCCAUCCAGACCUUGUAUGGGAUCAAAGUGAACAGAGAAACAACUCCCCCUGUUGGUCGGCCCACAACCCGCCGGCCUGAGCGGCCCAAAACUCCUCCACCGAGAGUGACUGCACCGCCUGACCCAGACGCCCAGGCUCGCUGUGAGGGAGGAUUUGAUGCUGUGGCAAACAUCAGAGGAGAAGUGUUCUUUUUUAAAGGGCCAUAUUUCUGGAGAAUGCAGCACACUGGUUCUUUAGUGUCCUUCUCUCCGGCUCGUAUCACCAACUUCUGGAUGGGGCUGCCGCGUGACACCAACAAGAUCGAUGCUGUUUACGAGACAAAGACUGAUAGCCACAUCAUCUUCUUCAUUGGUUCAAACUACUGGAUAUUCAAGGACACAAGGGCUCUGCGUGGUUACCCCCGGCCCGUGUCAGAGUGGGGCAUGAGGUCUCAGAGCGGGGGUGUGGUGAACAAAGUAGAGUCGGCGUUUGUUUGGGCUCAUAACGGGAAGACGUACCUGUUCAGUGGUGGAGAAUUCUGGAGGUUCACUGAAGGUCAGGGAGGGGCAGUGCCACAGCCGGAUGCAGACUACCCAAAAAGUGUCUCACUGUGGAAGGGCAUGCCCAGCAACCCUGAUGAUGUCAUAAGUUGGGGACAAGCCAGAGACACAUAUUUCUUCAAGGACAACUCCUACUGGGUUGUAAAGAGUGGAGGAUUGGACCAGGGGGUCAUCACUCCCAAAUCAACUGCAGUUGAUUGGAUGCUUUGUCCUGCGCCAGCGCCUACCCCAUCAUACAAGCCACGCUCAGGAGGAGGAGAGUGCAACUGUGACUUCAACGCAGCCCCAAAAUUCACUGCACCUUCACGGCUGAUACUCGUCCCACUUGUAAUACUGUUGCAGUGCGUCAGUCAGCUGAUUUAGUCCAGACUCGACCUCAGCUGACUGUUAACACAUUCAGAUUUACACAUAAUGCAAGACAUUGUUUACAUCAAUACAACAUUUACAAAUAUGAAAAUGGACAAAAGUGCAGACAAAAUUAAUGCAAAACAGCUGCUAGUGUUUGUAGCUAUGCAGUGUACUUUAGUCCAUGUUUAUAGAUAACAGUGUCAGAAACCAUGCAAGCAUAUUUAUUAUUAGUUUUGAGGGUGUGACGAUAUAAUAACUUGUUUGUUUCAUUCUUUGAAGAAAAAAGGCCCAUUACUUGCUACUUCUACACAUCAGCUGUUAGUUUAACUUACAGCCGAAUGCAGUUUGAGGGAAGUACAUGAUGAUGGUGUUUCCACAGCGCUUAUUGGUGAAUGGGUGGAUAUAAGCUUCCAUCACUUGUGGCACCAUUUAGCCCUUGUAGCUCUUAAAAAGAAACCUUUAUUUUUAUAUUUUUUAAACACUGAAUCUAACCGAUAUUAUCUUAAAGGGGAAUUCCAUCAAUGUUUCCAAAUUUCUUUACA